GUCACAAAUUCGUUAGCAGUGACAAUUUACAAUACGCACACGUUUUCUAAAAAAAGUGAUAGUCAUGCCUAAAGUUGAGUUUUACUAUUUUCAAGCGAAGGCCCUAGGGGAAGGCGCCAGGAUGCUCCUCGCUUACGGGGGACAAGAGUUCAAAGACAUCAGGAUCCCAGACAACGACUGGCCUCAAUUCAAACCCAAGACUCCAUACGGCAUGAUGCCGUACAUGAUAAUCGAUGGAAAAAUAUACACUCAGUGCACCGCCAUGUGUCGAUACCUGGGGAGAAAGUAUGGCCUUUCAGGCGCUGACAUUGAAGAGGACUUCGAAAUUGAUCAGAUUGUGGAGCUGAUCCAGGAUAUAAGGGCAAAGGGAACUCAUGUGAGGAACGAGGAAAACCCAGAAGUUAAGGCUAAAAGACAUGCGGAGUAUACUAAAGAUCAGUAUCCAUUACUUCUGAAGAAGUUAGAUGAUGGUAUUAGAAAUAACAAUGGUUAUCUUGUGGCUGGUAAAUUGACAUGGGCUGACUUCUUCUUCGCGGGCAUUUACGACUUCCUUAAGGGCAUCAUGGAAGCUCCUCAACUGGAUGAGAAAUACCCCAGCUUUAAGAAGCUUCAACAGACUGUAGUUAACCUUCCUGGAGUCAAGGAGUACGUGGCGAAAGCACCCCAUUGUGAUGAGUGAAAAUGUUCUUUAGUCUAAGUCAAUAAAAGUCUAGGUCAGGUCAUAAAAGCGAGGUUUGUUUGAUGAAACAGAUGUGUAAGUGAAGAAAGAUGAUUUGUUGUAUGUGUAUAUAGGUAUAUAUACUUUAUGGUAUUUAAAAAAUAUGUUAAGUUGACGUAAAUUGUAUUUUCUUCCAAUUCAAUUCACAAAUAUCAUUAGAGUCAGAGCCACAAAAGAACUCCCUGGAUGCGUCGCUACAGUCACUGAUAAUAACAACGUGGCCGAGCUGUUAUUGAUAGUUCAAUUCCAGACCCAAGACACCUCUGAAGGAUACCCUAUCGCAUGUUUACACACUAGUGAACUAAAUAAUCUAUCAGUGUGUAAAUUUCACGAUUCAUCGGAAGAAAGAGUUGGCCUAUGAAAAUAUAAAGCUAUACAAACUCAUGUGGCAUGUGUAUAGUUCAUUUUUCUUAAAUGUGUUUUUAUUAUUUUACAGCAAUAUAAAUUAAAAUAGACUUUUUAAGAAAUUA